UCGCGGCGCGGCUGGGCUGUGAAGCCGCUGCAGUCCUGUGUGCAUGCCCGGUGCGCGGCUCGCGCAUGCGCAGUGCUGCGCCCGGAGCCGCAAGGAGAACCAACCGCUGCCAGACGGUGGCACCAGUCCCCGAGGAGAUGAGCAGGAAAGUGGGUCUUGAGGUGCUGGUGGUGGGCGGAGACAACCCCUCCACUGAAGGCAACGCCCCCCUCCCAGCCAAUGAGAUCUCAGUGCAGAAGACACGCCCCCAGGCCCAGACCACUGCUUUCAUUUUGCCAGCCCCCAGCUCCACUCUCGUGGGCGUGCGCAAUGGGGAGGGGCCCAGGGGCCACAUGGAGCCCCUGAAGGGGGGCGGGGCUGGAGAGCCGGUGACCUCCGCGCUGACCCCGCAGGUGGGCGGAGCCUGCAGCGUGGUCCACGUGCUGGAGUGGAAGGAAGGCGUGGCCGUGCUCCCUGGCACCAACCUCAAGUUCCGGAUGAAUGACUUUGGCACGCUGGAAGUCGUCAGUGACAGGAAGGUGCCAUUCGUUGAUCCCAGUGCAGAAGGGGCUGCUGGGAAGGAGAUGGAGACAGACGGGAAGUCAGCCCUUAAACCAGGUGAAGGGAGCAGGAACCCUGAGCUGCUGAAACCAGUGAAGAAGAGGAAGAGGAAGGAUUAUAUGAGCCCUUCUGAAGAAGAGUCUGAGAUGGAGGCUAUGGAGGAGAAGCUUGAGGAACUGAAGUCCUGUGGCCCUGUCAUAGAAGGCAGGCAGAGCAGGGCAGGUACAGACACCUCCGAGCACACACCGUGUUUUGUCCCUCUGCAGGUGUGUGGAUACAGGAUGCGCAUGCACUUUGACGGCUAUUCGGAGUGCCAUGAUUUCUGGGUGAACGCCAACUGUCCGGACAUUCACCCAGCCGGCUGGUGUGAGAGAACUGGGCACAAGCUCUACACCCCCAAAGGGUGCAAAGAGGAGGAAUUCUCUUGGUCCAGCUACCUGAGGCUCGCCAAGGCACAGGUGGCCCCCAAGGAACUCUUCGCUAGUCCUGGGAGAACAGACGUCUGUUGUGGCUUCGAGGUCGGAAUGAAGCUGGAGGCCGUCGACCGCAUGAACCCCUCCCUCAUCUGCGUUGCCACGGUGACCGACGUGGUAGACAAUCGCUUCCUGGUUCACUUUGACAACUGGGAUGACACCUAUGAUUACUGGUGUGAUGCCAGCAGCCCUUAUAUCCACCCCAUUGGCUGGUGCCGAGAGCGGGGCCUCCCUCUGACCCCUCCACAAGAUUACCCAGAUCCAGACAAUUUCUCCUGGGAGAAAUACCUGGAGGAGACUGGCUCAACGGCUGUCCCGGCUCACACGUUUAAGCCGCGCCCUCCCCAUGGCUUCCAGGUGGGAAUGAAGCUGGAGGCGGUGGACAAGCGGAGCCCGUCCAUCCUCCGCCUGGCCACUGUGGAGGACAUCGACCCGCACAGGAUAAAGAUUCACUUCGAUGGCUGGAACCACAUGUACGACGAGUGGAUCGAUGCUGACCACCCAGACAUCCACCCGGCAGGCUGGUGCGAGGCCACUGGGCACCCCCUGAAGCUGCCCCUCCGUGAGGCGAAUACCCCGCAACCCGGACCGCGGGAGUCCUCAGCCUCUGGACAGACUAGCUACUCCUCUCUGCCCUGCAAAGGCAUGACCCACUCCAGAGCCAGCAAGUACAGCUUCCACCACCGGAUAGGACGUCCCCCCAAGUACAGGAAGAGCCAACAAAGAGCUUACCAAAGCAUGUCGUCGGAAGGCGUGCACCCCUCCCUCUUCAUGUCGGCGCUGUCGGCCCACCCUGACCGGGCCCUGUCUCUCUGCUGGGAGCAGCACUGCAAGCUGCUGCCAGGGGUGGCGGGCAUCCAUGCCAGCAAAGUGGCCACCUGGACUGUGGAGGAGGUGUUCAGUUUCGUCCAGAAUCUCACUGGCUGUGAGGAUCAAGCCCGGCUCUUCAAAGAUGAGAUGAUUGAUGGAGAAGCCUUCCUCCUGCUGACCCAAACAGACAUCGUGAAGAUCAUGAGCAUCAAACUUGGCCCGGCACUCAAGAUCUACAAUGCCAUCCUGAUGUUCAAGAGCACCGAUGACGGGCUCAAGUGAUGCCAGCCAGACCUGCGACAGAGCCAGUAUGGUCACUGGCUACUGCAUAUGUGCCAAUCCACCAAAAACAAUUCCUCCAUGUGUCUGAUGCGCACCUGUCAGUGAGCGGCAGGGGCAACAGGGAAGCUGUGUUCAUGUGCCAGUGUUUAAACUUAACUUUGGUUCCUACUGAUGUAUCUGUUUACUUAAGUGUUCCUACUGUUUUCUUUGUGGCGGCCAUUUCCUGUAACUCGCGUCAGGGUCAGGUGAAAUUCGUCUCGGUACUUAACAACGGCGCGAGACUGCUCUUUUCCCGAUGAUCCGGUUGGGGUUUGUUUGACACUUUUAAAUGUGUUGGUGCCGGGAUCCCGUUUUCAGUGGGUCCUGGAAGCCCGGAAACCGCGAGAGUCUCCCAGUUUCAGAACAUGGGGAGAGUAAAGUUCAAAAUGAGAGCAAUGGCAGGCGUGCAUGUAAAAAACACAGAGAAACGCAGUUUGAAAAGGGGGGCAAAGAGAAAUAUUCCUCUUUUGAUAUUUGUAUUUAUUCUUUGCUCAGACGUGUGCUUGGGUGUAGAGCAGUUUUAGAUGCAGGCUGCUACUGAGUAAGUUAACUUUCAUUUAUUUGUUAAUCCAGUUGAAGCAGACUAUCUCUGAUGGCUACUGUACACCUGGCAGUCAUGAAGCGGUUAAGGCCCAAGAAAAUUUCUUCUGCAUCUUCUCUGCUGCAGCUCUUAGCAUUAACUGAGCAUUAGUGUGACAAGUAUGAUUUUCAGGCCUGGUCUUUGAAAGUCAGACUAUAGAGUCUGAUUCUAGAUCUCAUUCUAUUUUAUUAACAGUCAUGGGUACAAACCUUGAGAUUUACAGUGGUAUGUGUGUUCUAGAGCACUAAAGACACCAUGGAAGGCAGUCAAAGGUUUAAAAACAUCAAGCCUCUGUCAUUACUGAAGACCUGAGGACUGAAGAGCAGGGAAAAUGUUGACAUUUAAUGGUGUCACAGACAUUACAGAACAGAAGCAGGGGGUUUCACCUCAUAGUUGGUCAGUGUAUGGAUUGUGCUGCUAAGUUGUGUUUACUGAGUCUUUUCCCAGAAGGUCUUGCUCUUAAAAAAACAGGCUGCUCUCCCUCCAAAAAUAAUAAUUCCUCUUGAACACUAGAGGGGGCUCCUUUGAGAAACGCCCCACUCCAGUAUAGGCGUAAAGCCCUGUGAAUACAUUACCUCUCCAGCGAAGUCUCGCAAUAGGCGUUGGAACUCUGGAACGUUUUUAUUAGCCAAUUAAAGUCAGAAUUGUAAACGACAGGAUGUCCCAAAUCUGUAUGCAUUGGCAGUUUUGAAGCGCUUGACUGCCAAGAGACGGCAGCACAAGGUCGUGGCAUCUGUUCGCUGUUCUGGGACUCGUGGAGGCCGUGAGAAACACUGUACCUGAGCUUGGAGUAAGAUGUUGCCCUGUUCUGGAGUUUCUCUCUGGCUUAAACUGUUUUAUAGAGAUGUUCAGUAGUCGGUCAGUAUGUCUUUCACACCAUAAAUCAAUAAAUGUUUGGUUCAAGUGGA